GCUGCACACCAAUCUCGCUCUAAGACUACAUCGUCCAUUCCUCCUACACUGUGAUAGCUUUGGGAUAGAGAGAAACGCAGCCAACCGCCAGUGGCCAAAAUUCUCAGCAACAGCAACAGCAGCAAACAUGUCUCUCCCUCAAGGAUACAGCGCAGCAGCGGAAGCACACGCCUCUGCCCUUCCUUUCAGCCCAAUGAUCCCUGUGAGCUCUCUGCCCUAUGUCGCAGUGACUUUGCUAUUGGCAAGCUUCUUCGGCACCUUCUUCUUCACUACACUACCGAAACGCAACGCUCUCGUCUCGGAAAUCCUCGUAGCCGUCUUCUCAUCCGUGUGCGCUGGCUUCGGCAUCGUGGCACUCUUCAACGCAGUGGGAGUCUACGUCUGAACGGAGGGAACGUCGGUGGACUGAGGUGGGUGAAGGAGGGACCGGCUACACGACGUCAGGCGGGACGAGCAGGACGUAAUACAGGGGCUUCACAUGGUACAGGGUUGCCUCUGAGCGAGAUGAGUCGUACAUAGUAUGAUAAUGCGCAGGCGUACAGACACACAAGGACAGUAUGAGCGAGCGAUGUGAGCUGAAGGAACAAGAAGAACAAGAUUGUCCCUCAAAG